UGCACCCAGCGGCAAGAAAACUGGACAGCAAGAUGGUUGCUGCCGUCAAGCAGCUGAAGGAUAAUGGAGUGGGAGUGUCGCAGACCCUAGAGAUCUUGCAGCAAGAGCAUCCCCACGUGCCCUUGCUUCCCCGCGACAUAUACAAUGCGCGAGCCGCCAUCAAUCGCAACCCGCAGAAGGUUGCCUCAGGCCUGUUGGAAGACCGGCCGGCCAUUUACAACAAGCCGCACCCAUCGGCGGAGGAGCGGAUCCGGGCCGACCUGCGGCGCGAGCUCGCGAAGACGCGGGAAGAGCUCGACAAGCUGAAGUCAGAUUCGAGUAAGGAGAUCGAGGAGCUCCGUCAGAAACUGCGGGAGAAGGACAAGAUCAUCGAGAAGUUUGAGCAGUUCAUCGACAUCUGCAACCAGCGCGUCAUGGUCAGCCUCACGAAUAAGGAGGAUAGAGCCGGCGGCACCUCGUCCGGUUCUUGACGGCGGCGGCCUGGCAUAUGCGGAGUCGAGCGCAACCAGUAGCAUGCCGUUGCUCUCCGAGGCCGCAAAAGGGGAUCGGCGUGGUUGCUUGAAUGGCUUGGGUAGUGUAAAGGUUGGGUAUGGGUGUUGGGAUAGUUACGGACAUUGGCGCCUAGGUGGUUUUUUCGAGUUCAGCAUGGGCGUCUGGGUAUCGGGAAGCGGGCGGCGCCACGGGUUCUCCUGAGGGGUGUUGUGUGUAUGUACAUUGCAGUUGGAAAAACGCGGGUUAUUCUGGAGCUUCA